AUGAUCCCUACCCGCCGUCUACUUCAUCAUCUACAACGAUUCGGCAACCAACAACAACCGCAACAAUUCCAACGACAACAGCAACAAGGUCCUUUUGCCGACCCGAACCCAGCUGCUUUCUCCACUACUCUGGAUAACUUGCCGACUGCCGCCGCCGCCUUCGCCGCCACGCAGCGCUAUCACGACGGCCGGCCCGCCACCUCGAGCAACCAGAGUAUAAACUCCAUGUCCUCAAACUCGUGGAUGUUGCCAGGCCAGCACACACCGAGACAGUCCCAGCAGUUUGGCCACCAGCGAGACUCUUCUUUGUCGUCGGUGGGCUCCAACCCCCCCACGUCACCGUUUAACGCCAAUACUGCGAAUCCUCAGAUCGCCGUCAACGACACCAUUGGGGAUGGCUUGCACGAAAUCACUGGUCCUGGAGACAACCACUACACCUUCGGUCUCACAAAGCCCAUGGCCAUACCCAACAGCUUUUACGCUGGCCCGAUAGGUCCAUUCAAUAAUGGCCACAGUGGCGGUGGGAUGAACGGCCAUAACGUAAUGGGGGACAUGACCACGUCUGACGGACUGCCUGCCCUGACUGGAGCACAACAGCAGAGGCAAGGGGGCUUGGCACCCGGCUCUGAUAUGCCGGCAUCUGGUUUGCUCUCGAGAUCCCGCCCUGUGUCGGUGGCGAGUUCGAUAGGGGGUGACUCACCCGCGACACCGCCCAUUCAUGAACACGAGGACGAGCAUAGGAGGCCCAAGAAUGCCUAUGCCAACGGUAUCAACACACCCAAACUGAAUCGCACGAUGACAGAUGUGUAUGGAGACGAACUCUACAGCCCCAACUUCACCAUCACUUCAGCGUCUCCACCCCCGGAAACUCACAUGGUCAUGUCGCCGCCCAACGACUUGUUUUCACAGAGGAUACAGGCUGCGAACAACCAACAUUUCCUCGCAACUCAGUCUCCCGUCUCGAACGACUCAGGCGGUCAGUCCCCAUUCACUCAAGGCUCACCGUAUGCUUCCUCAGCGAACGAGUUUCCCAAAGUGGGCCCUAAUCGAGUACGUUUGGACUCAGCCCAGCAAAUUCGAGAAAGGAAGCAAGCCGAAGAAGCCGCAAAACAACUGCAGCGGCAGAUGGCGCGACACUCUCAGCAAGGGCAGGAUCAGCAACAGCACCAAGGCACGCCGGCUACAAUCUCUCCGAAAGAUGCAGUCUUGGAAUUCAACGACCCAGGCGCAGAAUCGAACUUUCCACUUUUCCCGUCACAGGAGACCAGCACGUACGGCAUGGGACAGAGCGUUAGCAGCGGAGAUAUAAGUAGGGCGCCAUCACAGCAGCAAUCUGCGUCACCAUUUCAGUCAAUGUCUACGACGCCAGUGCAAAACAGCUUCGAUUUCUCAAUGCCGUCUAACAUUCAGCUUCCACAUCAGUAUCCAUUCAUGGCUCGACAACAGACGCAUCAGGUACCUCAGCAACAGCCACGCCAUCAACCACUGACCCCAUCUGCAUCGACAUAUUCACGCAUGAGUUCAGCAGAGGCAAGCAACACAGAUGGUGGCAGCACCAGUGGCCCUGUACAGAGGCCGGAUCGGACAGCUGCAGACGGCGGCACUUAUACUUGCACUUACCAUGGCUGCACGCUCCGGUUCGAAACGCCAGCGCUUCUUCAAAAGCACAAACGAGAAGGGCAUCGGCAAGCUAACACACUAAACCACUUGCGAAACCCGGGCAUGAUUGGACAAGCGGCAAACAGCGUGACCAACAGCCAGGCAGGGCCUCACAAGUGCGAGAGAAUCAACCCGAGCACGGGCAAGCCUUGCAAUACAAUCUUUUCGAGGCCCUACGAUUUGACAAGACACGAGGAUACGAUACAUAACGCAAAGAAACAAAAAAUGCGAUGCGAUAUCUGCACGGAAGAGAAGCUGUUCAGUCGUGCAGAUGCACUUACGAGGCACUAUCGCGUUUGUCACCCGGACGUUGAAGCUCCGGGUAAGCACCGGCGACGACAAUUGAUGGUGUAGAUUGCCGAGGGAUGGGAUAUCCAUUGGUGCACCACGUGUCAAUUCUACCGGCUUUACGCGCGAACGGGGAUCUCCGUCGCGAUACCACUGCGUUGGCUUGUGAUACUACGAUCGUCGUCACAUCACGUUGCGCUUCGGCGGCCUCACUACGCCACGCCAUGCCACGCCAUGCCACGCCCGUAUAAGACGACUCCACAUCUUGCUAUUCUCAGGCGGGCAUUCGUGGUGUUGCGUCGAUGGUGGUAGAAGAUUCCAAGGCGUGCGAUGCACGGACAGUCGGACUAGCGACUGGAUGAGGGAAUUCCCAAUGGGAAAAUCAGGGUCCAGCAUCGAUAGCUUCAUGCAGGGACCUGUGGGGGCGUUCCCUGUCUGGCGUCUGUUUGGAGGGGAGCUCUGGAGAGGGGCUCGAGGGGUCGCUGUCGUCGUCGUGGUCCCGCAGCACCCCUAAAACCAGGAACAGCACUAAGCCGCUCUCAGACGAGUGCCGAGGCUCGCUCUCCGGUUUUUGCGCCCGGCCAGGCCUCCCCAUUGGCCCAGCCGCCAAUCGAUGGCAUGCCUAUGACGUUGGCGCUCCCUCCCAUGUGCAUCAUCCCGAGUCACCA